AUGGGAUGGAAGUCAAAUACAUUUGAGAAUAUGACGAAGUUGAAAAAGUUAUACUUGUCAAGUAAUCAAAUCACAACACUAGAAGAGAACAUUUUACCACUAGAAUUAAGGAAAAAUAUAACAGACAUUGAACUGGCCCGAAACCCCUUUUCUUGUACGUGCACCAUAAAUUGGUUGAUCCAAUGGAUGCGUACAAAACCAAACAAGUUUGGUUUCAAGAAGUAUGCGAGUCACAAAGCAACAUACAAUUGCUCAAGUCCGCCAAGUCUGAAAGGUGUACAUCUGUUAGAUGUGAAGAUGUCGGAAAUCACAUGUUUAAUGGAUAAAGAAGUGAAAGUUACAACUCUUACCUUAAGUGUUGUGCUUAUAGCGUUCCUGGUGACAGGGGCAGUGAUGUAUCGUUACCGUUGGCACAUCCGAUACUUCAUCUACAUGGUCAGAUAUAGUCGACGUCAGGAGGUGGACAACGCCGACUACGAAUAUGACGCAUUUGUAGCCUAUUGUGCACCAGAUCGCACCUGGGUCAUUAAGACUCUACUUCCAGUUCUUGAAGGCAAGGAGAACCUUAAACUUUGCCUUCAUGAUAGAGACUUUCAAGUUGGAAAAUUAAUUGUUGAUAACAUCGUUGACUCAAUUCAAGGAAGUCGGAAAAUUAUUAUCGUCCUCUCCAACGAGUUUGCCCAGAGUGGAUGGUGCCAGUUUGAGCUGAAUCUCAUCCAGCGUCACGUGCUCGAAAAUGGACAGCGCCUCCUGGUGGUGGUGAUGCUGGAGGAGAUAGACACACGUCACGUGACCAAAGCUAUGAGAGCCAUGUUGCAGACGACAACCUACCUGAUGUGGGGCGAGGAAGAGUAUGCCAGAAAAGCCUUCUUCAACAGACUGAGGAUGUUACUUCAUAAAUCAACUGGACAUCAAGGGAGAAGAAGAUUAUCAGUGUAGUGGGCUGUCUUGACAGGCCAACCUCGUAUGACUGGAAUAAUGCCGAAUGCGGCGUUAAACACCAACGCGGUCACGAAUUGGAAGAAGCGGAUCAUGCGGGAAUAAAGAGCUUAGAACGCCUGUUCACACAAAAUG